UGCCCGGAGCCGGGAGGGGGGAUCAGGAGGCUGUUUUUAGGGCUGUGGGGGCUGUUCUGGCCCUUGGGGACAAGCAGGGCAGGGGUCAUCAGACAGGAAUUUGGGGAGCAGGAUGGAGGAGUGCUGCACUGUCAGCAUCAACAGGAAGCAGAGUUGCUUGUUCCCCACACUCCUGCAGCUCUCCACUGAGGAGGUGGUGGCCAUCUGGGAUGUCGUGUCUGUGUACAUCCUGGGGCAGAUGAAGCAGGACAAGGGUGUCCUGGUCCCAGGACUAGGGACCUUUGCCGUGGUUCCUGAGCAAGUUGAUGGUGCAGAAGAGGUGUAUGUAGUCCGAAGACCUGUGUUCCAGUUGGACAUGGAUGUGUCCUGUCUGCGGGAGCUGAUGUUCCCCACAGUGAUGAUCCCUGGUGACAUUGAGAUCGCACCACUGGAUUACUGGUGGCUGUCACAGACCACGUCCCUCCCGCCAGACGUAUUGAGGGACUGUGUGGAGGAGACCGUCCUCCUAUACUCCUUUCAGCUGAGGGACAGGCAGCGCCUUGCCUUUGCCUUUGGGGACAUUGGCGUCCUGUCGUGCCAGGACAAUGUCCUGUGCAUGCAGUUCAACCGCAGCUGCGUCAAGAAGCUGGAGAACUGGGACACCUGGGUGGCUCUGCUGCUCACUGUGAGCUGGAAUCUGGGGACAUUGAUGUGCUGGAGUGUGUCCAAAGAAGGACAGCAGGGUUGGGGAAGGGGUUGAAGCACAAGUCU